AUGGGAGGCAGUAGUAGUUAUUUCUUUCUGAACAACACUACGAAUGGUGACCCUCCAUCACAACAUAACUUUGUCCUUGGCAUUUCUAUAGCAGUGGCAACAUCAUUCAUCCAGUCUCUUGGAUUAACCAUCCAACGCAAGUCUCAUGUACUCAAUGAGGCUAUUCACCCCAAAGAAUUACGUCGACAAGCUUGUCGGCGGCCAUUGUGGCAUCUAGGUUUCCAUACCUAUAUUCUGUCAAACCUCACAGGGACCAUUUUUUCGAUCGGAUACUUGCCAGUCAUUAUCUUGGCUCCUUUAAGCGCCGUUACUUUGGUCUUCAAUGCUUUGUUUGCGAAGUUGUUAUUGGACGAUGUCUUCUCACGGCAAAGUGCAAUCGGUACAUUUUUAAUCCUGUUAGGCGCCAUUAUGAUUGGAUUGUUUGGCAUUGUACCUGAGCCAAGUCAUUCACUCGAAGAUUUGAUUCAUCUUUGGAAACGCCCAGCAUUCGUGAUUUAUUUCUCUUUGAUAGAAUUCAUAGUGAUUAGUCUAUUGGUUGGAAACAGGAUAGUAGAACAGAUGAUGGAACGAGAAGCGAAAAGUACAGUUCCAGGGCGUUUAUUGAAAAAAUGGAGUCCAUCAAAGAUUAAGACAAUGCUUGGGAUCUCAUAUGGAUGUGUGAGUGGAAUGCUGUCGAGUCAAGCGUUGCUUUUUGCCAAAAGUGCCAUCGAACUCUUGAUGUUGACCAUUUUAGAUGGCAAGAAUCAGUUUGAGAACCCCUUGAGCUGGUUCUUGGUCAUUGCUUUGAUUGCAGCCGCGCUUCUUCAGUUAUAUUACUUGAACAAAGGGCUCCGAUUAUGUGACACAGUGCUGUUGGUUCCUCUGUCUUUUUGCGCGUACAAUGUCUCGUGUCUAUUCAACGGGCUCGUCUACUACGAUCAGUGGGGACGCCUGUACUGGUGGCAGAUCUUGUUGGUCCUCUUUGGGAUUAGCCAGGUGCUCAUCGGGGUUCUGGUCCUGGCAUGGCGACCAAACGCUACAGGAGACGAUUAUGACGACGAUAGCUUUGACAAUGAUAAUGGCACUAAUGAGGCUACUUUGUUGCUUCCCAAUGGAUCUCGGCCUGGAACGCCAAGACAUAGUAGAAUGUUUUCGUUCAAGAGUGUCUUAAGUGAGCUUGGUAGUCGAAACAGCAACAGUGGCGUUUGUAGUCCUGGUGGUGGACCAGGACACGGAUAUGGACAUCCUCAGCAAGAUUCUUCUAUUGAUGCUAGAAAUUUGAUCCAUGGAUUUGAAAUGUACGAAAGUGAUGAGGAUGACCUCCAAACAGCAACCUCUGAGCAGAUACCACCUCCACUUCGUCCGGGACUACAGCUUAAUCCAUACCAACAGCACCAGCAGUCAGUCCCACAAAGCCCUCGAUUGAUAGAUCUAGCUGGAGAUGAAGGCGAAACGACAGAGCACCAACCAUAUAUUCAUUCUCCAAGAACUCUCUCCUUCGCUCCAUCCGGCCGCACCUCUAGAUAA